UAGGGAGCCAGGGCCCCGGGCACCCACAUCCCCUGCCACCUACACACCUAAAGGAUAGGGCCAAGAUGGCUGCUUCUUCCUCAUCCAACUUAGAAGAUGAAAGCUUGAAGGGGUGUGAAGUCUAUGUUCAAAAAUACAACAUUCAACAGCUACUGAAAGAAUGCAUAGUGAACCUGUGCAUUGCGAAACCAGACCGCCCUAUGAAGUUCCUCAGGGAACAUUUUGAAAAAUUAGAGAAGGAAGAAUGCAAACAGAUUUUAGCUCAGCAGAAGUCAAACUCACAGUCAGACUCUCAUGACGAUGAAAUCUCUCCCCCGCCUCCGAACCCUGUGGUUAAGGCCCGUCGCAGAAGAGGAGGAGUCAGUGCAGAGGUUUACACUGAAGAAGAUGCAGUCUCCUAUGUUAGGAAGGUUAUUCCAAAGGACUAUAAGACGAUGACUGCCUUGGCAAAAGCAAUCUCCAAAAAUGUACUUUUUGCCCAUCUUGAUGACAAUGAGAGAAGUGAUAUAUUCGACGCCAUGUUCCCUGUCAAUCAUAUUGCCGGAGAGACAGUCAUACAGCAAGGUGACGAGGGAGACAAUUUCUAUGUCAUUGAUCAGGGAGAAGCCGAUGUCUAUGUAAACGGUGAGUGGGUGACCAACAUUGGAGAAGGAGGAAGCUUUGGAGAACUUGCAUUAAUCUAUGGCACACCAAGGGCUGCAACUGUCAAGGCCAAGACAGACCUCAAGCUUUGGGGCAUAGAUAGGGACAGCUACAGAAGGAUUCUAAUGGGCAGCACGUUGAGAAAGCGGAAGAUGUAUGAAGAAUUCCUGAGCAAGGUCUCCAUUUUAGAAUCACUAGACAAGUGGGAACGUCUGACAGUGGCAGAUGCUCUUGAACCAGUUCAGUUUGAAGAUGGAGAGAAAAUCGUUGUUCAGGGCGAGCCUGGGGAUGAUUUCUUUAUCAUAACAGAGGGCACAGCAUCUGUAUUGCAGCGCCGAUCUGACAAUGAAGAAUAUGUGGAAGUUGGAAGACUUGGGCCAUCAGAUUAUUUUGGUGAGAUUGCCUUGUUGCUGAAUCGUCCCAGAGCAGCAACUGUUGUUGCUCGAGGGCCGCUUAAAUGCGUCAAGCUGGAUCGACCUCGCUUUGAACGAGUUCUUGGACCAUGCUCGGAAAUCCUCAAGAGGAACAUUCAGAGAUACAACAGCUUCAUUUCUCUCACUGUCUAAGAGCGUCCUCUUGGGAAUGUGAUGUUUGUUUUACCCUGUGAACUCCAGUUUGACCUGUGCAGUUACAUAGCUUUAUAAGAAAAGGAAAUUGUGCAUUCAAUGUCAAUUUUUAUGGUCAUGUAUGCUGCAUCAGUCAUAAAUUUUCAUUUGUCAUUAUGGGUACACAGAAAUAUCAUGCUUGGGAUGGGAUAGGCCAGAGAUUGGCAAACUGCUGUUUUCUAGGCAUUGGUAUAAACUCAAGGGUUUUUUGAAUUGUACUAAAAGGGACUUAAAACUGAUAAAAAACUACCAAUUGUGUAACAGGAACUGCUAGAAAAAUACAGAAGAUACAUGCACACUCACAGUCAGAUAACACAAACUUUUGGUUGCCAACACCAACUUUAUUAUUUAAUUAUUUGGGUCCCCCUUCUAGAACUACCAUUGCUGCAUCUAGGGAGCCUUGCAUCUAGGGAACAUUGCUCCUAAGAAUUGUAAGUAGUGUUACGUAGCUAAAAACAGAAAAAGAACCGCUAAUAUAUAGCCUCUAUCUAUUUGCCUGUCUUCAACCCUGGAUCUCGUGCUCUUGUACAGUCCUUCUACCUUCCAUGCACCUUUUAUCAGUAGUUGUGGGAGUUAAUUCACUACAGGCUAGGGAUGGGAUGUAGGAGAUAAUGUGUCACUUUGUGGUUCCUUCCUAUUCUGUAAGGGUUAAACUAGCAUGGGGGUUUAUGGGCCAUGUUUAUUAAAUUUAAUACAGGAAAAUGUCACUACUUCUUAGAACCACUUCUGUGACAGGAGAUGAGGAAAGUGGAGCUUUACUCAUGGCUAUAGGCAUAAUUUUUCAAGUCAUUGGUCUCAUUUAAAGCUGGAGAGUUUAAUUGGAUAUAAAUGUUCUCUCAAACUAAAAAGAAUUAAGCUGCGCUUGCUACAAUCUCUCAUUUGAAGUUCCGUAUCCCAUAAUGCACUUUUAAUGAUGCCAAGGGAUUCAGGCCCUCCUGUAUAAAUGAGCAGUAUCCUGCGACUCAGAGCAAUGUGUAGGGGCCUGUAUGCCAUGGGAGCCAAAUGUGUUUAUUUUCUUUCCUACAAACUUGAUCUGCGGAGAGGUUACGUAUCAAAGUCGCCUGGUCUCACAACCGUGGAAAAAUGUUGAAUAUUUAACAGGGAAAAUUCCUUCUUUAAAAGCAUGGCAUUCAUUCUUAUUCCUUGAUAAGAUCUGCUGCUACAUUUCCUAGUUUUCCAAUAGAAUCAUUCAUAUGUAAUUCCCUGAGCAAUACCCCAUCCAAGGAGGGUUUUUUUAACACAAGUUUCGCUUUUGAAGUUUCCAUAAGAAGCUGGGCAAACACAGCCUGACAAAUCAUUACAGACACCAUGGAGGAGGAAGUACUAAAUAAUCUCAGGGGCCCUCAUUUUCCAGUGGCAUAUAGGGAAUUCUGAUUAAUAAAGUAGCCCUCAAGUAAAUACAUCUAGUGCAGAUUAAUCAAAGUGCAUUGGUAGGUUGUUCCUUUACUAGAAAAACAAACCCACACUGGCAGCUGAAAAGAAAAGUUGUCAUGGGGGAAAUAGUUUUACCAGUUGAAUAUACGGGGUGAUAGAUGUCUGUAGCUUGGGCAAUAGUGAUCUUUAAACUGUAGGCUUUCACAAAUGUAAUCACUAAGCUUGACCUGAAUUUUUCUCUGCACCCAUGUAUAUUUUGCCCUUCAGUUUCAUAACCAGGCCUGGACUGGGAAUCUGGAUUCUGGCAAAUGCCAGAGGGGCUGCUGUGAGAUGCCAUAGACAGUCACUAUUUAUUGGGCUGUUUGGGCCUCUGUGUAAUUGAAAUGCCAGGGUUUGUUUUGAAUCCCAGUUUGGACCGGUUCAUAACUGCCCACAUUUUCCAAGUGCUUAUGUAGGUAAAUUUGGAAUGUAAUGCUGGUUUUUUACACAUGCAGCUUUCAAAUGGGCCCCUCUCUUUAAUUUUGAGCGGGUCUCUAAGCUGAUACACACACUUUUGAAUUGAUCACAAUAACAUGGGCACCAGUGGUUUAUUGAAUGUCAUCUCCACUUAAUACACUACCAAAUUCUUCUCAGUAAAUAUAGGGACAUUAAGUUACAUGGGUAUUACUCACACACACAGGUGACCAGCCCCAGUGUACCAGCUUUAGCGGUGUUGCCUUAAAAGGAAUAUACACUACCAGGGUACUAAUCACUUAAACCCCCUACUCUGGCAUGUGUCACCUGGGGAACUGACCCAACACUGCUACUUAUAGGCCAGCUCAUAUCAGCUACCCUACACCUGCCUCACAUUCCAACGGUGUAAACACGGGGGCUAAUUGUACAUUGGCUAAAUCCUUAUUCACAUGGCUACUCUCCCUACUUUAGUAAAGGUGGUCUUCUCGUCUUAGAGUUUUUCCUACUGAGAUCUCCUGCCUCAGCCGCAUAUAGGGAUUCCCUCUUUUAAAUAGUACUCAUAAUUCCCCUGGGCCAGUAAAGACCCACACACAUACACACUGCUUGCCUACAGUAGGGGUGAUUUACAUUCUCACAUUUCUAAGGAAAGUGGGAAUCCCCCUACAGCCAUACUGAUGACACUGAGACCUCAAUUCAUAUAGGAACCUAUAUGAUAUAUUACAUGGAACCAAAAUUGCAAUUGGUCUAAUUUUGAGGUUGUGAUGCCUUACUUAAUUCCCCUACACCAAAUUUUAUAAUGGUAAUGUAAAUGAAAUCUAUUGAGCGUUUCUUCACAUUGUCAAUGUUCAUGUCCUGAGAUGUGAGAAAAUAAUUACCCCUAAAAUAGAAUUUAGCCUAACAUAUAUGUGUGGGUAGUGCAUACUUUAAAUCACACUCCUCAUGAGAGUCUCUCUUCAAGCCAUGCAAGUUGCUAAAAAGGGCAGGCGAGGAGGGGCAGCAGAAGCCCACCAGCUCUUCUCCAGAAGUUAGGAAAAAACUUGACAAGUAUGGAUAAACGAAGAGAGAUUAACCACAGCCUAAGUGAUACAUACUUUGUAAGAAGAUCUCCAGUCUCCCAUGUCAGUAUGACAAAUCUUCGGACUUAAGCUGCCACGUGACAAAUGGACAAUUUGAGAUGAUGGGGGCGUCUAUUGAAAAAGCCAGGCUCCUGACACACUCUUCGUUUAUUUAAACCUACAGGCAGCUUUCAACCCCUGCAUUGUAACUGAAAAUUUCUAGUUGUGGUCCUUUGUGUAUUUUUGAGAGUUAUCAUUAGUGUCUGAAGUAGGUGGCCCUUUCCAGACUUUCCAAGCAAUGCUUUUUUGUAUGAGUUUUAUAUGUCUGCACUAUAUGUUCAGCUCUUGUAGCUUUUUUACAUCAGCUUGGCUAAAGCCGCUGGAAAGAUAAUACUGCAAGCAUGCGAGGCACACCGCAGACAUGCAUUAUUAGACGUUCCAUAUACCUAAAUACUAUGUUUUAAAUACCAGGUUGGGGGGGGAAUGUUUGCCUUUUGCUUAUGCUUAAGACGGUUAUAUAUUUGACAAUAAAUGUCACUUCUGCACUGUAAA